CUACCCUAUAUUAUACGGCUUCAAUUCAGUUCUGUCCAUCGAAUAACAAAGAGAAACGCAAUCUUAGACAACACAACACCAUUCAUUUCAUUUCAUUUGAUUUUGCGAGAGAACGGAACAACAACAACAACGAUCAAUGAUUCGAAGCCUUGCUCUGCACUUGGCUGCACGAUUCCGACACAACCACAACCUCGUGCGUCUUUCUUCUUCUUCUUCUGCCGCUUCUGCCUCCACUCUUCAUCAUGCCACUCCCUCUCCUUCUUCCUCUGAGCCCGUUCACAUCACCCAAAACUGCGUUCGAAGAAUGAAGGAACUGGAAGGUAGUGAAUCAUCAACAGAUGGAAAAAUGCUUCGUUUGAGUGUGGAAACUGGUGGAUGUUCUGGAUUCCAGUAUGUUUUUAAUCUAGAUAACAGAAUCAACUCAGAUGACAAAGUUUUUGAGAGAGAAGGAGUUAAAUUGGUCGUUGACAACAUAUCAUACGAUUUUGUAAAAGGGGCGACUGUUGAUUAUGUUGAGGAGCUAAUCCGUUCAGCUUUUGUGGUGACUGAAAACCCCAGUGCAGUUGGUGGUUGCAGUUGUAAAAGUUCCUUCAUGGUGAAACAGUAGUGAUUUUCUUAGUCCUUGCCCCUUCACCCUCUGCUCAGGUUUUUUUGUAACCAAUUUCGGCUCUUUUAUUCCUCUAAAAAGGACGAUUCAUUGAACUCAAGGUAAAAUUUAUUGCUUGUACAAUGCUCUCAAUGUAAGAUGCAGUUGUCCUAGUAACAAGUGAUCCAUUAUACAUUCAUGGAACUCAGAUAUCAAUAGGUUUUUUUGCAGCUGAUCCCUAAAAGAAAAGGUGUCAACCUUCUUGGUCUAGCCUGGUUUGACAUUACUACUUUGUAAUUCGAAAUUUAAGUAGUGAAAUAAGUGUGAAUUUGAUAUUCCAUUGCAUCAAAGUUGAUCCAUAUCCACAACAGCAAAUAUUUAUAGCU